CACCUAAAUUUAUUAUUUUAUUUUUUUCCUACUUAUCAUGUACAUGAACUUCUUCUUCAUCGUGUAAGCUUAAUUUCUUUUUUUCUUUUUAUCGUAUAUUUUUUCCAUUUUUGUUUCUUUUUUUUUUAUGCCCCUUUUUUUUUUCAUAUUUUUACAUGCCAUUGGUUUGGUUACCCUUUCUUGUUUUUUUUUUUUUUUUUUUCACCCCCGCGUCGUAAACUGAUCGCCCUGUUUCUUUUCCUUUUUUUUAAGAUCGUACUUCACGGGAAAGCGAAUUAACCAGCCUAACAGUGUAGCAGAUCUCGUUUGAACGUUUUCGUCAUUACAAGUUUGUAGCAUGCAUAGGCAUAAAUGUUCACGUAUGUACUUUUACAUAUACACGCAUGCGUAGGCGCAAGAGUUUGGAGCGCACAAGCCUAUAGGCCCACUCAAGAGCCGCGCACGUAAAAAGGCUGGCCCCACUUUGUGCUUCCACCACGACGACUCAGACAGUGCCUCGUCCUCGCGUUAGAGGCAGAGAGCAGGGCUGCAAGUGCGUAUGAACCACCGCGCGUGGGCACACUUUGUGUAAAAUAUAAUUUUAUCAGAACGGGUGUAUUGUAUUUGUAUAUGCACAUAUACGCGUACAUAUACAUGUGUGUAUGUGUGCCAGAAUUGUUUGUGGGCGGUCCCUCGUUGAGCGAUAAUUAAUUGGCGGCGAGAAACCACCCACCGGUAGUUACUCCUGAUUGGUCUGAGGGCAGCCACCCAGCGGUAGUUACUCCUGACCGACCCGCUGCUCAGAUUAGCAGCCCAUCGGGAGCGACGAAGCGGCCAAAAUGAAGCUGAACAGGGUGAUCCCCUGCGCACUGCUCAUCGGCGCGCUGCUCCCCAGCUGGGUGCCCCAAACCUUCAACGUGCUGUGCGCAAGUGAUGAAGGGAAGGGAGAGGAGAAGGAGAAGAAAGAAGAAACAAAGAAGGACACAGAUAACAUCCCAGAAAUUGCGGACAAUGAAAAACCAACGUCAGGCAUAGAACAGCACCAGUACCAAACGGAGGUAACCAGACUGAUGGAUAUAAUAGUAAAUUCUCUCUACACACAGAAGGAGGUAUUCCUCAGGGAAUUAAUUUCCAAUGCAGCUGACGCGUUGGAAAAAAUUCGAUUCAUGUCUCUCUCAGACGAAAAGGUAUUAGGAGAGGAAAAAAAAUUGGAAAUAAGAAUAUCAGCCAAUAAGGAAAAAAACAUCUUAUCCAUCACGGAUACAGGGAUAGGUAUGACAAAGGAAGACCUAAUUAACAACUUGGGAACGAUUGCCAAAUCGGGGACUUCAAAUUUUUUGGAAGCUAUUUCUAAAAGUGGAGGUGAUAUGAGUUUGAUAGGUCAAUUCGGGGUGGGUUUUUACUCUGCAUUUUUAGUGGCAGACAAGGUGAUCGUCUACACGAAGAAUAAUAAUGAUGAGCAGUACAUCUGGGAAUCCACUGCCGAUGCUAAGUUUUCCAUUUAUAAGGACCCUAGGGGAUCAACCCUAAAGAGAGGAACGAGAAUAUCCUUGCACUUGAAGGACGACGCCACCAACCUGAUGAAUGACAAAAAGUUGGUGGACUUAAUUUCCAAGUACAGUCAGUUCAUUCAGUACCCCAUUUAUUUGCUGCACGAAAAUGUGUAUACGGAAGAGGUACUGGCCGAUAUAGCCAAGGAGAUGGAAAACGAUCCCAACUAUGAUAGUGUGAAAGUGGAAGAAUCGGAUGACCCAAAUAAGAAGACACGAACUGUGGAGAAGAAGGUAAAAAAGUGGAAGCUAAUGAAUGAGCAGAAGCCCAUUUGGUUAAGGCCACCCAAAGAGUUAACCGACGAAGAUUAUAAGAAAUUUUUCAGUGUGCUCUCCGGCUUCAACGACGAACCGCUGUACCACAUACACUUCUUUGCAGAGGGGGAAAUCGAAUUUAAGUGCUUAAUAUACAUCCCUUCGAGGGCUCCCUCCAUAAACGAUCACCUAUUUACCAAGCAAAACUCCAUCAAGCUUUACGUCAGGAGAGUUCUCGUGGCGGACGAAUUUGUGGAGUUCCUCCCCAGAUAUAUGAGCUUCAUAAAGGGAGUCGUAGACAGUGACGACCUACCCCUUAACGUGUCCAGAGAGCAACUGCAGCAAAAUAAAAUCCUAAAAGCUGUCUCCAAAAGAAUUGUGAGGAAAAUUCUGGAUACCUUCCGAACCCUCUACACGAGUGGAAAAAAAAACAAAGAAGAUUUGAGAGCACAGCUAGCCAAAGAAACGGAUGAGGAGAAGAAAAAAGAAAUUCAAAAAAAAAUUAAUGAACCAAGUACCUACAAAUUAAUAUACAAAGAGUAUAGGAAGUAUUUAAAAACGGGAUGCUAUGAGGAUGAUAUUAAUAGGUCCAAAAUUGUUAAGUUACUUUUAUUCAAAACGAUGUUACACCCGAAAAGCAUUUCGCUAGACACUUAUGUGGAAAAUAUGAAACCGGACCAGAAGUUUAUUUACUACGCUUCGGGAGACUCGUAUGAAUAUCUGUCCAAAAUUCCCCAGUUGCAAAUUUUUAAAAAGAAAAACAUCGACGUUGUGUUUUUAACCGAGUCGGUGGAUGAGUCCUGCGUGCAAAGGGUACAAGAAUAUGAUGGGAAAAAAUUCAAGUCCAUUCAGAAGGGAGAAAUUACCUUCGAAUUAACAGACGAUGAGAAGAAAAAAGAAGAAAAAGUAAAAAAAAUGUACAAGGCAUUGAUUGAUGUCAUUUCGGAUACCUUGCGAAAUCAAAUUUUUAAGGUGGAAAUAUCUAGGAGACUUGUGGACGCUCCCUGCGCGGUUGUUUCCACCGAAUGGGGGCUAUCCGGACAAAUGGAAAAGCUAAUGAAAAUAAAUGUUAAUAAUGCAGACCAAAUCAAAGCCAUGAGCGGACAGAAAAUUUUAGAAAUUAAUCCCGAUCACCCAAUCAUGAUAGAUUUGCUAAAAAGGUCAGUUUCCAAUCCGAAAGAUUCUCAACUAACUGAAAGCAUUAAAAUUAUUUACCAGUCGGCCAAAUUGGCCUCUGGCUUUGACUUGGAGGACACGGCAGAUUUGGCUCAAAUUGUCUACGACCAUAUUAACCAGAAGCUGGGCGUGGAUAAUAACCUCAAAAUUGACGACUUAGACCCGGCCAUCUUCGAGACCAAGAAAAUGGAGCAGGAGGACUCCCCCGAUGGUCAGAAGUUCCACGAGGAAAUCAACAUCGACGACGAGAUACAGAAGCAGGACGCCGCGCCCGAGGCCGCUCCGAAGAACGACGAGUUGUGA